AGCAAACCGCCUCGCUGCUCUGUGCUGUCUCUCUGAUGGCGUCCACCUCCGGGGCCAUGGCGAAGCACGAGCAGAUCCUGGUCCUCGACCUGCCCACAGACCUCAAAUUCAAAGGCCCCUUCACAGAUGUAGUCACUAUAAAUCUUAAAUUGCGAAAUCCAUCGGAUAGAAAAGUGUGUUUCAAACUGAAGACUACAGCGCCUCACCGGUACUGUGUGAGGCCCAACAGUGGAAUUAUUGACCCAGGGUCAACUGUGACUGUUUCAGUAAUGCUACAGCCCUUUGACUAUGAUCCGAAUGAAAAGAGUAAACACAAGUGUAGUACAAUUUUUGCUCCACUGAACACUUCAGAUAUGGAAGUUGUGUGGAAAGAGGCAAAACCUGACGAAUUAAUGGAUUCCAAAUUGAGAUGUGUAUUUGAAAUGCCCAAUGAAAAUGAUAAAUUGAAUGACAUGGAACCUAGCAAAGCUGUUCCACUGAAUGCAUCUGAACAAGAUGGACCCAUGCCAAAACCACACAGUGUUUCACUUAAUGACACCGCAACAAGGAAACUAACAGAAGAGUGUAAAAGACUUCAGGGAGAAAUGAUGAAGCUAUCAGAAGAAAAUCGACACCUGAGAGAUGAAGGUUUAAGGCUCAGAAAGGUAGCACAUUUGGAUAAACCUGGAUCAGCCUCAACUGCAUCCUUCAGAGAUGUCACCAGUCCUCUUCCUUCACUUCUUGUUGUAAUUGCAGCCAUUUUCAUUGGAUUCUUUGUCUUUUGGAGACGGAGUCUCACUCUUGUCCCCCAGGCUGGAGUGCAGUGGCAUGAUCUCGGCUCACUGCAACCUGUCUCCUGGGUUCAAGCAAUUCUCCCACCUCAGCCUCCCUAGUAGCUGGGAUUACAGGCGCCCACCACCACACCCAGCUAAUUUUUGCAUUUUUAGUAGAGACGGGGUUUCACCAUGUUGGCCAGGUUGGUCUCGAACUCCUAACCUCAGGCGAUCCACCUGCCUUGGUCUCCAAAGUGCUGGG